AUGCUUACCGCCACCCCGGGUCCUCUCACCCUCGCCACCAGCGAGGCGUGGAAGCCGUCGGUGUUCCGCCCACCCGCGCGGCUCAUGAGGGCGACGCCGCCAUCCAAAAAUGUGCUGACUGCCACUGCGCGGCCGUGGUACCCGCACGGCAACGCACCACGUGAGCCGGCGGCAAGAGAGCACCGGUUGGUGCCUCCGCCGGCACUCGGGCAGUCGCCGACACUGACACCGUCGCUGGAGGAUAUUGAUUUGCCCCCGGUGAGCAGCUGCAGCGCCAUAUCCCCACUGAGCACGCCUGUCAGCACCUGUUUUCACAGGUUCACACAGCCGGCAAGCGAGGAACGAGUGUACCCGAUGGACAUGUUUAUGUCGGUCCGGCACGAUGCAGCGCACACGCCCUACGGUGUACUCCACUGGGCUGUGAAGCAGUACCUACAGAUCCCAUCGCUGAAGGUGCCACGGCAUCUACAGCUUUCGUUGCACGAGGUGGUCAGCCCCAAUGACGGCGUGACGCGAGGAGCACUGGGUAGCUCCCUCAAGGGCAGAGCGCGCGCGAAGCCGGUGCGACUGACUCAUCACAAGGUGAUGUCGAUUUUAAGCCGUCUCACACCGGUAAAGUACGACGCACUUCGUGACGAGAUGAUGCUGCUCCCGUUGCGUCAGACAGAAGAUGCUGAGUUGAUGGAGAUUUGCAAGGUUGUCUUUGAGAAGGCGGUUCAGGAGCCAUCUUACAGUGGACUCUACGCGCGCCUGGUCAAUGAUAUCUGCUCUAUUAAGGAUGGUGACCGCGAUGUCGAGGCGCGUGAUCGUAACUUCUCACGUCGCUUUCGCCGGUUACUUAUUGAGUCGUGUGAGGCGCAGUUCCAGCGGCCGCUGCAGCUCUCUGCAGACGAGCUGGUUGACCGCACGACCGGCACCCCGUUGUGCGAGGAGGAGGUGGAGAUGAAGCGCGGCCGCCUGAAGGCACGCCUAGUCGGCAACAUUCGCUUUGUUGCGGAGCUCUUCAAUAUCGGACUCCUCACGGAGCGCGUCAUUGAGGAUGUGGUGCGCAUUCUUGUGCGCGACUACGACCCUGAUAUGCCUACGGCCAAGGAAGAGAGCGUCUUUGAGGUAUUUGUGACACUUGUGCGGCAUACUGGGGCGUUGCUGAAGGAGUUGCUGCCGAAUCUCCUUGCGCAGGCGUUGGGUAUCGCCAAGACAAUUGAGUUGUCGCAUCCCAAGCCAAGGGUAACGUUUCUUAUGAUGGACUUGGAUGAUCUCAAUCGGGCCAAUGGUUGGGUUUCACCGGAGAUGGUUCAGCGGCAUGUGCGGUUGCCGAAGAAUAACAAUAACACAUCUGCUUCCCCCCGAAAGGGCUCCAACGUGGUCUCACCGCUCUCUCUCUCGUCGUUCGCAGCCGUGCCGGUGGAUAAAGGCACACGAACCAGUGCACAGACCAGUGAGGUGUUCGUGUCGAAACGCCUCUGUAAUGGAAAAGAUCCGAUUGGCAACAACAAGAGCUUUGUAAGCACCAUGAACAGUAAUGGGAACAGCGUUAGCGAGGCUAAUGGGAGUCGGAACGAUUUCAGUACAAGUGCCUGCAUGAGCGGCAACAACAACACCAGCAACGCCAAUAACAAUAACAUCGAUGACAAUAAAAACAGCAACAGCAACACCAGUGAUGCUCUUAAGUCUCCUUCCCGCGCGGCUGAGCGGGUCCGACGUGGACAGCAUCAACCAUACAGCAGCCUCACCCUCACACGCAUCGUCAGCGGCAGCGAGAGCCAGUUCAGUGCCAGCUUUAAUCCUGCCAUGGACAACAGCCCCAUCACACCGGUGCGCGGUGGAUCCGACUAUGCAAUGCCAUAUUCCCCGCCACAGAUGCAUCAGGGUAGUGAGACGGGGUGCUCUGGCACCGCAAGCGAGGGACUUGGCUCGCCGUGGGCUAGCCGCGGUAAAACGCCUCUCACAGACACAAUGGUGAACAUCAAGGAGAUAACAAAACAGCUGAUGGGUCUCUUUCGAAAGGGCGAGGAAACGGCGGCCAUUAAGAUGCUUCGGGAUAUGGGUCUAAAGAAUAUGGUGGUGUGCCUCACGUGGUGGCUGCGCCUCGCGGCCACAAAUACUUCCUACUUCGAGGAUCGCAGCAAAGUGGCUUCCCUGCUCUCCUCACUGUUGCGCACAUGCAGCGGUGCAUACGACACGAAGACUGUCUUUUCGACGGAGCUUGAAUGGAUACGGUUCGACUUGGAGAAGGGCGAAUACGACAACUGUCCGCGCAUGUUUGAUAACUUUGCACAAAUGAUUCUCCAAUGCCACCUUCCGUGCAGCGAUGCACUUCCGCAUAUUGAGGUCGUGCGGAACAUGAUGCACUGUGGCCUCUUUAACGUGCUACUGCGCGAGCUGACUAUCAACGGGGGGACGGACCAGAUGGUGACGGUUGUGAAGAGCUGCUACCCUGUCAGCCAGCAACUGUUGAACAACCUGCAUGAUCCAGAGGAUGAAAGACAGAUACUUCGCAUUGCAGUGCAAAAUCGCUUCCGAUUGCUUCCCUAUCUUCUGAGCGUGAGCUCUGUCACGAACAACGCCAUGCCCGGCACGCCGUCCUCACGUCCACGGAUGACAUCAUCACCGAUGCGCAACAGCCCGCUCGGCGACUCCUUCACAGGCACGGGCCACUAUGACCCGCUGGCGCAAUGCGUCGUGUUCCCGCGCAUCUCUGACGACCCCGAAUUCGUGCUCUUCCGCAAGUUGCGGGACGAGGCUGCUGACGGUGGCGCUGCAGCGCGUUGGUGCGGCGAUGCGGUGAACUUGGCACUAAGCCCUCUCGGCAACAACUCCACUGUGUGCGAGCUAAUUGCGGUGAUGCGGGUAGUGGGUGCCCUGCUCGUUUGUUCGAGUGUGUCCUACAACAAUGGCCGCAUGCUGGCGUUGCCCAGCGAUGUGGACCACGUGGUGGGCGAGGUGCUCAGCAAGCGGCCCGGCAUUCUGCACCAGGGCGCUGUUGUGAUGGAGCUCGUCAUGUACCACACGCAGACACUCAACGACACGUGUAAGCCGUCCACUGUGGACGUGGCGCGGCUGCGGCCGCUGAAGCGUGUCUUUGAUCACUGGUGCGCGAGCGGCGUUAUCAACCGCAAAGCGGUGCUCGAUCUGCUCAGCACGCUCGAGAACGCAGCGGACGCCUUCAGCGUGUACACGGCGUACCACGACUGCGUGGCCGAUGUGCCAUGGGCGGACACACUAAAGAUGCUGAAAUCGUAG